CUAGCUCAUACAACGAUCGACCGACGUUAGCCACUGGCAACGAUGACAACGACAACCACAACCACAACCAGAAAUACACAAACCACCUUUACAGUGCGCAGAACGAUGUCCGGAAAAUUCUCGAUGGCCACCUCCAUACUGCUGCUCUGCGCCGCCCUGCUGCUGACAAAGUCCUGCGGCAUCCUGGCACUCAGCGGCGAUGGCAACAGCCAGCUGGGCCAGGCCGAACCCUGGAACGAUGCCUCAACCACAACCGAGGGCAGCGGCUGGGAGACAAUCACCACCCCCACCCCCACGACCAUUCAGGAGGAAGAGACGACAGAGACAACCAUCGAGACGGAAUCCACAACGCCUGAACAGGAGACAACCACGCCAGAGGAGGCAGAGACAACCACCGCAUCUGCGCAGGAGACAUCCGCACCCGCUGAAGAGACCACCACAGCUGCGCCCGUUGAGCCUGAGAGCACCACAGGAGCUCCUCUUGAGCCAAACCACCACAACAACCCCGUUGAGUCUGAGAGCACCACAGGAGCUCCUCUUGAGCCAGAAACCACCACAACAGCCCCCGUUCAGUCUGAGAGCACCACCUCCCAGGCUCCCAACCAGCCCGACAGCACCACCGCUGGUGCCGGCGCAGAGUCAACGGAAACCACCACUGAGGAGCCCGCACUGGGCACCACCUUGACUCCUGCGCCCGCGCCGCCCGUCUUCGAGUGCCAGACGGCAGGACUCUUUCCGCAUAUCGGCGGUGACUGCAGGCGCUACCACAACUGCCUGUGGAAUCCGCUGCUGCGCCUGCUGCAAGAGCAGGAGACAGUGUGCCCCCCGCUGACGGCCUUCUCGCCCCAGCUGGGACGCUGUGUGCGGGAUGUGUCCGUGUGCAAGGACGACGAGUUCGAGUGCUUGGCGGUGGGCCGCUACGCUGGCCACGAUGACACCUACUACUAUAGCUGCGUGGCCAGCCUGCAGGGCGGACUCCACAAGUUCAUUGUGCGCUGCUCCAGCGGCCAGAGGUUCGAGCCAUUGAUUGGCAGCUGCUGGCGGUACGACUGGACCCAGAUUGUGCCAGGACAGGAGUCGCUGGAGCUGAGCGAUUUGGCGGCCAUCAAGCGGGAGCUGAAGCUCUACAAGGCGGAGGAGAAGCUGCGUCUGAAGGCCCUCAAGGAGCAGGAGAAGCUGGCCCGCAAGCAGCAGAAGCUCGAGGAGCAGGCGGCCAAGAAGGCGGCCAAGGAGCUGGCCAAACAGCAGGCCAAGGCCGAAAAGGAGGCUGCCAAGGCGGCCAAGGAGCAGGCCAAGCUCGACAAGGAGGCCAACAAGGGCAAGUCCAUUGAGAGCGCCGAGUCCGACGAGUAGUCGUAGCCCCGUAGCCAUUUUGAUUGAGAGUUGAGAACCGAGAACAGGAGCUCCUCUUGCAGCACGUUGGUCCAUUGCCCUCCUCAUUUUUGUGUAUUUUUUUUUUUUUUUUUGUUAUUAUAUUGGUA